GCGCUCUUUCCCCGACCACGACGCGAACCACCAUGGCUCUCGAGCACCAACUCACAGCUGGCAUUUGCGCGCGUCUUGCGGACGUGACCAACAUUGAGGAUGAUAUUCUUGACUCUCAUCCAACCAUACAGUUCCUGUCUUUCAAGAAAGUCGCGCCUACAACGGCAGGAGCGACCACGGUCGAUCGCUACCGUAUCAUCGUGUCCGAUGGAGAACACUUCUUACAAGCGAUGCUGGCAACACAGUUGAACCAUCUUAUCGAGGAGGAGCGUAUCAAGAAGCACUCCAUCGCCGUCAUUGAGAAGUUUUCGUGUAACUUGGUGCAGGAAAAGCGCCUCCUCAUUAUCCUUGCGCUGAGGCUAGUUUCUAAAGAAGUCCCCAAGAUUGGUAACCCCACGGCUCUGCAGCCCCCCAAUGCGGGUGCUCCUACUGCAAAUACCACGCCCGCGCCCGGAGCCGCGUCUUCGUCUACGACGCCGGCACCGGCUGCUGCACCCCAACAGCCACCCCGCCAACAAGGCCGAGCAGGCCGAACAGCAAUAUACCCGAUUGAAAGCCUCAGCCCCUAUCAGAACAACUGGACGAUCAAGGCUCGUGUCGUCCAGAAGUCGGACAUUAGGACAUGGUCGAACCAGCGAGGCGAGGGCAAGCUCUUCAGCAUCACGCUCAUGGACGAGACUGGCGAGAUCAAGGCGACGGGGUUCAACCAGGCGGUCGACGAAUUGUACGAUAAGAUCCAAGAGGGCAAGGUGUACUACAUCUCGCGAGCGAGGGUGAAUCUCGCCAAGAAGAAGUUCUCCAAUGUUCAGAACGAGUAUGAGCUAAACCUCGAGCGAAACACCGAGAUCGAAGAAUGCACCGAUGUCACAAACAUGCCGUCCAUCCGAUACAACUUCGUCGAGCUGGCCAAGCUCACCGACCUCACAAAAGACUCUGUCUGCGAUGUGAUUGGCAUAGUGAAGGAAGUCACACCCCUUACGGAGCUCAUCUCUAAGGCUGGGAAGACUUUGCAAAAGCGCGAGUUGACUCUGGUUGACCGCUCGGGAUACGCCGUGCGCCUCACGCUCUGGGGCAAGCAGGCCGAGUCUUUCGUCGGCGACGACCAGCCCGUCGUUGCCGUCAAGGCGGCGAACGUCAGCGACUUCGGCGGACGCUCGCUCUCGAUGUUCACGACGAGCAUCAUGCAGGCCAACCCCGACAUCCCGGAAGCGCACGCGCUGCGGGGCUGGUACGACGCAGCAGGCUCCGCGCAGACGUACCAGGCCUACUCAAACGCGGGUGCGGGCGCCGGGAGCUUCACGCAGUUCGACCGCGCGGAGAUCCUGCCCCUGAAUGAGGUGAAGACGCGUGAGCUCGGGGCGUCGGACAAGGUGGAGACGUUCUCCGCGCGCGCGACGGUGAUGCACAUCAAGACGGACACCAUCGCGUACCCUGCGUGCCAGACGCAGGGAUGCAGCAAGAAGGUGCUCGAGAGCCACGACGGCUGGCGCUGCGAGAAGUGCAACAAAAGCUGGGACAAGCCGAACUACCGCUACAUCUUCCCGAUGGCGUGUGCGGACUACUCUGGCCAGGCGUGGCUGCAGGGCUUUAAUGAGGUUGGGGAAGCGCUCUUCGGCAUGCCCGCGAAUGAGAUCAUCGAGAUCAGGGAGCGUAAUGACAUUGAGUUCACCAAGGUCGUUGAGCGUGCUGUCGGCACCGCAUAUAACUUCGCUUGCAGGGCUCGGCAAGAAACUUUCAACGACAUGACCCGCGUGCGUUACACCAUCCAGAAAAUCAUGCCUCAGAACUAUGGUGAGGAGGGCAAGUAUCUGGCGGAUUUGCUGCGCCGUUCUGAUUGGGCUAAAUCAUGACGAAACCAAUGUACUGUGCUUGUCCGUGAUUGCUUUGAUGUCUUCUCGUUCCGUUGUGUACUUGAAUCUUCCGAGCUGU